AGUACAACUAAAAAUUUCUGUCAGUGGGCCUAAAUAUGUCCAAACCCAACAAAAGAUAUUACUGUUUUGUACCUCAAAUACAGACUCGAAAGAUUCGGCAGUUUCUUUUCAUGUUUACAAUCAGUUUUACACAAAAAUAUAUAAAAAUGCGAGCGGUUGCUUCUCAAGCUUAGAUUCAUCAAUUUGCCAGAAUGGUGAAUGUCAGUGCUUUUCGGAUGGCAGAAGUUUCAUUUUACAAUACGUUGCAGAGUUAACAAGUGGAGUCCUACAAUUUAGCUGUUCUAUGGAUUUUAAGAUCUCCGGUACCUUAUCAGAUUGCCUUUUUGUGACUGUAGUUGAUAUUAGUGGUCCUUUCAUUACAUCUGAUAAAGACUUUCCACUAUCUGCCGGUAGUGUUGUUGAAUUGACAUGCAAAGCUAUUUCCAGAGGUUAUGUACUCGACAUGUAUAUGAAUUGUCUUGAAACAGUUGUUAAAACAAACAAGAGUAUUAAUGAUACAUACGUUGCUAAACUUUCACAAAUAGUGACGUCAUCAGAUAACGGAACACUUUGUACAUGUAAAACAUCAAGUGUCAUUACCACCUCAUCGUCAAUCAAACUACAUAUAAUCAGAGCUCCAAUUCUCGAUACAAUUGAUAUGGUUUUCUGCAACAACACGGACUCAGUCAUUUUAACAUGCCGUGUCAGCGGUGAAAUGUCAGAAUUUGGAUUUUCACCUUGGGAGCACAUAUUUAAUGGUACAUAUAUACGAUCUCUCACAGGAAAUGUUACAGGAAAUGUCUCAUUUUUGUCAAUCGAUUAUUGUACUUAUGAAGACAAUGGUGAAUACAUAUGUGAAGCAUGGAACAAAGACUCUCAACAGAUAUUCCGUCAAAAAAGUUCUACCAAUGUAAUCGUUAAAGGUCCUCCGAUUGUAGUUGACCAAACUGUUACAAUGAGUACAACGGUAACAUUAUCUGCUAAGUUCUUAUCAAUGCAAAGUCCGCACAACCCGAAAUGGUAUCAUAAAGAUAGGUUGCUGCCAAACUCAACACGAUAUCACCAAAACACUUCGAAAAACAUUAUAGUGAUACAAAUGCAUGGGCAAAUUUUAACCUUCAACGGUUACAUCGCAAACCUGACAGUGGUCAAAGAAGACAUCGGAAGGUUCAAAUUCCUGCUAUUGCUUGGAAAUGAUUUUGGAACAGCAAAAUUCAUAUUUGAAUUAAACAAUCAUGACAAUGGUUCUGAGGUUUUUAACAUUAGACUGUUUAGCUUGAUAUCACUUGCAGUUUUCUUGUUUUUGGUGUCUGUUAUUGUAUCAACUGUCUUGGUCUACCGACAAAGAAGAGAUUCAGAAAGGAAAUCUGCCUCAAGAGCAAUAUACUUUGCUGCGGCAGGACAGACAAACAAUGUAAAUAUUUAUGAUGUGACUUCUUCUCUCUAUGAAGAAAUUAAUGAUGGCGACUUAGUACCUGAACAUUCAAAUCCAGGUGUUAUGAAUGACGCAGAUGAUUACCAAGAAGAUGAUGUCGGACAAUAUCUUGAAUUAGAAUGAUUUCAUUUUUGUUUCAUUUUUGUAUGCCAAUUGCAUUUAGGACCAACUGAAAUUCCACUUUAGACGUUGGUCCAUUAUUCGGAAUAAUAUGUUCUUUGGUCAAAUUGCAAGGAUUAUUUUGAUGUGAAUUAUUCAUAUUACUUAAAUUCACGUAGUUCAUUAAAAUAGAUAUUAAUGCUAA